AUGAAUUUAAGCGAAACAGAUUCAGAGAAGAUCGACCUAAGCGAGUCGCCUUCAGAGUAUUCUUGCCCCUACGAACCAGUCUAUACAUGGAUUUUAACCGAAACGGCCGCCUUCUAUGUUACAAUCACCACAAAAUCUAUCGCUAGUCCUUUCGCGGUGCUGUUAAACCUCUUAAUUAUCGUUGCAGUGAGGAAUCGAAGAGCGUUGCAAAAAAACUCAAACAUUUUGUUAAGUAGCAUGGCCGUUGCGGAUCUUCUAGUGGGUGCGGUUUCGAUGCCUCUAACUAUUGCGUCGGAUAUACUUCUCCUCCGUAAGAAGUUGAGCCUUAAAAUUUGUAAGAUUGCAGGUGCAAAUCAAAUAGUGCUUUACAGCGCCGUUAGUUCGUCCUUCUAUCAUUUGACUUUCAUUGCCUGGGAACGCUACGUAGCGAUAGUAAAGUGGACGAACUACAAGAACAUUAUCACAAAAACCCGCCUUAAAAUUUGCGCAGUGGUGGCGUGGGUGCUUGCUGCCAUAACGGCUAUUCUUGUACCUAUCUUGAGCGUUGUUGAGGUCGAUCAGAGAGUCAUAGUUGCCUUGAGUAUCUUCUCUGCUAGUAAGACGGUGCUAUGCGUCGCCAUUAUUGGUUAUUGCUACAUCACGCUUUACCUGUAUGUGCGCAUACGAAAAAAUAACGAGAUCAACAAAGUUUCUGCCCGAGCAAACGCCAAGCUGGAGAAGUCCAUCGCCAAAGCGACUGGCACAGUUACAGCGGCUUUGCUAGUCUCCUAUGUCCCGUCAAUCAUCGUUCUUUUCUUGGGAGAUGCUGUUCCUUUCCUUCGUACAAGCUCAUAUUUUCGUUGGUCGGAGUUGUUGAUCCAGAUGAAUUCCUUUUUCAACCCAAUAGUCUACUGCUUCGCGAUGAAUCGCACCUUCAGAAACGAGGUUCUUGAGAUGAUUAACCUGAACUCUGUACUACAGCUUGUAUCACGUCCCAAGUUACCUAGUGUUAAACGAAGAAGGCGAAGAAGUGAACCAGCUGUGGUCUUGGAAGAAGAAAACCAGCUUCACGGAGAAAAACAACUGCCUGACCGCCUUGCUAGACUUAGGUCAUGUGAUUCAAUUGAGCUUGCUGACCCUCGUCAUAUCCCUGGUGACGUCGACAGUUCUCCAUCUCCAACGUCUGAAGAUCGCCGAGUCGUCUUUGUCGAUGUGCACCAGCCCAGUUUCAAAAGAAGAAAGCCAUCGUUUCUUCAGUUUACUGGUAACUCCAAUGAAAGCAAUCCAAGUCAAAGUGAAGAAAGAGGCGACGAGAGCUCUUCUGGCUGCACCCCACAACAAAUGGCAGAAAGACCCAAACCAUCGUGUAGUGAGGAACAUGACAUCUCUAGUGAUGGAAACGGACCAGAAGCCAUGGCAGAUGUUACUACAAAAGAGGAGCAAAGUCAAUUUCAUGACAACAAUGAUCGACCUCUUCCCACCAGUGAGCCAUCAGAGCUGACAAGCCUCGCCCUACCUGGUAAAGAGAACCGGGCCAUCUCAGUCCAUGAGGAUCAAGCUAUACUCAGCGAGCAGAAACCCCAAUUUCGGUACACUGGAGAGUCCACAGAUAAGAACGGUGCUAAAACUGAGCACGAAAAUGAUUUUCUUAAAGAUUUCCGUGAUGCUGAUGUUACAAGAGAAAGGUCCUGGCCUCGCCGAGUCCUUCUUGAUCUUACGCCUGUUUUAGGACGGCGAAAUUUUCAGCUGAAAGGGGAGCGUAUUAAUCGUCCAAAAACACGAUAACGUAAGAUCUGGAAGUAAUGCAGUUAAUUAAACCAGAUAAAUCUCUGAGAUAAAAGGGGUAGUGUUGCUAGAACAUGUCUAUCCAGUUUUUUUUUCUAAAAGGGUACCGUAAAAUUCCGAAAUUAAGCCCCUCCAUGUAUAAGCUCCUCCAAAAAUAAGCCCCCCCCCUGCAAGAAACCCUCAGUAAAUUGCCUUUCAAAAUACAAGCGCCCGCGGAGGUUUGUACUCGGAAUUGCCCUCAAAUACAAAGUAAAACAAAGCAAAAACGGUAAAUUUCCUCCAACUAUAAGGCUAGCCCAAUCGAUUUUGAAACGGAAAUUUCCCUCCGUAGAUAAAAAUACGCCUUUCAAAAAUAUAAGCGUCGGGGCUUAUUUUCUGAAUUUUACGGUAUUACAAUGCUUUGUUGAGAUAAAGUAAAAACCCGCGUAGAAGAACGUAGAUUUUAACAACCUGUUAGGCUAAGAUUGUCCAUUUAGACCCCUUUUACAUAAGAACCUGUUUUAGCCUACAUUUUUGAAAUAGGUUCUUAUUUUGAGAAAUUCAGUCAAACACUAAAUACACAAAUUUAAUAGAACAAGCUCUACCAGUUAGUAAAAUGUAUAAACUUCAUAAAUGGCUUUAACAUGCUUGGAUUAAAGGGAUUUUCAUACCGUAUUACAAUAUUAUGCAUUCAACACCAAACAUAUGCCACACCCACCAAUGACAAACACCUUAUAUAUUUUUAAGAAAAAAGAACCUGUUUAAGAACCUGAGUAGCCUAAUUUUCCAGUUAGCACCAUUUUUAUACAAACCUUUAGUUCUUAGCCUAGCUUGGAAAAUCUUAGGUUCGUAUACGCGGGUUUUUGCUGUAUUCAAUCCUCUACGAUAAAAUCAGAUUAUCGAAUUUGUUUGCUGUCGGCCAUCAGAGACCAUUAUUUCUCAUUCGCCGUUGCUGAUAAAGUCCGGCUCUUUUGCAGAGGCGGCGGAGCGUUUUGAAACGUGAUUGGGGGCGGGGGGGGCAUCUUUAAACAGCCAUGCAGAUACCCAUGGUCAAAUUUUCCAAAAUUCCCUUUGCGUUGUUCCUUGGCACCGGGAAACCUCUUUGCAAUCAUCACAGUGUCAUUUGUGGUCGUAAUCCAUUUCUGACAAUGCAUCCGCAGGCAUUUGUUCAGGCGGUCCUGCUUAAUGGUGCUUUUUAGGUAGUUCUUGAGUCGUCAGCAGAGCUGGGCAGAAGAUGUACGCUCUGAAGUUGGCGAUAUCACAGAUAGCUACAGGUAAUAUCAAAUACAUCCGUUGGAGUUUGUGGACCUCUCCUAACGGUGGUUUUCGGCACCAAAACGUAGGGGGGCUCUGCCCACCCAAAACAUUUUUGCCUGGGGGGUGGCGGGGCUACCGGCCCUCACUGCUGCGCCGCCUAUGUUUUGGAUCUCUUUUUUUUUUUCAUUGUUUCUGACAAAAGAUGACACUGUCCUUAUAAAAGUGGCCGUAGUUUAGUACCUCGCGCCGUCAUAACAAAGCCAUAUUUAACAGAUUAAAAACUUUUUCCAUUAUGAUGUAUGAUGAUGAUUCUGAAGAGAUGGAAAAUGAAAAUGAAAUCAAGUCUAAAAGUGAACCGCAAAUCAGACAAGGCUAUAGAAAGAAUGAACCGUGCAUGUCAUGUUCGAGCUUUGACCAGUAAGUGUUAUAAACAUGGUGCGCUCUCCAUGGAAAUGUCAGUGUCUCUUUAGGUACAGUAAAACGAGCAACAAAAACAUGCCACUUGUUUUGCAGCAUCGCUGCGAAACGAGUUGAAUAUCGAUGUUGCGCGUUUUACUAGCCGCGUUCAAACCUGUCUUGCAACAAUUCAGGUUGUUGAACUUCGUGCUGCACUCUACUAUCCUAACGCCUGGAUCAGGCAAAACAGCAAGGGACUAAGAGACUGUCAAAUGUUGGAAAAAAGGAAUUUCAUUCCCAUGCAAAAUAAGCAUAAUUUGCUUGUUGUCACUCUAUGGAUUGGUAUACCUAGUUUAUUAUCUCUGGUAAGCGUUGUAGACCGUGAAAAUGAAUUGAGUCCGACUAAUUAAGUUCGACGUCUGAAUCAACCGUCGAACUUGUAUCAUUUGGGUCGACCUAAAUAGGUCAAGUUCGGUACAUGAAAAGUUCGACGUUUCCCUGAAUUGGGCCUGAUUACUGCAAUUUUUCUGAAUAUAUACGCUGACAAGCAAGCUGAAUUAAGCGCGUUCUAAACCGUUUACUUCAGUUAAUUAAAGUGCUGAAUUGUUCUCGACUGGGCUUUGAAAUUGAAAACAGUAGUGUGGUUUCUUUGGUAUGGCGCGUUUUCUUGUUUAACGUGUUAAGCACCCAGAACCGAGCGGACUAGCGGGGGGCGUUGUCCACCUCGGCCUAUAACGCCCUCCCCCUCGACCGGCAUAAUUCUUCAUAUCCUACUCAGCCUCAUUCAAUAAUUGCUUUAUUAUUCAUUAAGAAUUAUUCCAAGUUUAAAAACAAGCUAAAACAUGCUUACCUCCGUCGAUGUUAAGUUUAUUUCGAUAGUGCAUCGUUAUCGGGAAGUUUAGGAGAUAAAAGGCUGUUCAGAUCUGCAAAUAUACCGAUGUCAUCCGUCGAGUUGUCUUUUUGCUGUUCUUGCUAUGUUUUUAUGCUUUUAGUUCGCCGUGAAACGAGUAAAAUGUUCCGCCACUACUCACUUGGAAAACAACUAAAACUCGUCCCCAGGUCGUUUCGGUUAACGGUUCAAUAAUCUGCGACAGAGCUGAACAACGUCUGCGCAUGUGCAUAGACGGGAGAGGUCUGGGAUCUAACCUAGUAUCGUUUUCAAAGGGUUUUUCAAAACAUCCUCACUUUUUGGCGAUUAUUAAGGUGGAUUCUGAAUAUUUAAGGUUCUCAUUUAAACUAAAGGUAGAUUAUUUCAUACUUUAUUGAAUUCUCGUUUCUACCCUUGUAAUUUUUCUUCUACUUUUUUCUAUGAACAAAAGAAGACGCACGAACGAAGCGUCCCUUCAAUAAUAUUAUCGUUUGCAAAGGGUUUUUCAAAACAUCCUCACUUUUUGGCGAUUAUUAAGGUGGUUUCUGAAUAUUCAAGGCCCACAUUUAAACUAAAGGUAGAUUAUUUCAUACUUUAUUUAAUUCUCGUUUCUACCCUUGUAAUUUUUCUUCUACUUUUUUCUAUGAACAAAAGAAGACGCACGAACGAAGCGUCCCUUCAAUAAUAGUAUCGUUUGCAAAGGGAUUUUCAAAACAUCCUCACAUUUUCCCGAUUUUUAAGGUGGUUUCUGAAUAUUCAAGGCUCCCAUUUAAAGUAAAGGUAGAUUAUUUCAUACUUUAUUGAAUUCUCAUUUCUACCCUUGUAAUUUUUCUUCUACUUUUUUCUAUGAACAAAAGAAGAUGCACGGACGAAGCCGAAAACAGUUCUUUCAUUCGAAUGUGUACAUUUUCAAGCGUAAACACAUGAAAGUACAGACUAUCAAUAUGUUAUCAGUUCUAAGAAAUCGUUCGGACAUCAUAUCAGUGUCAGUAUUAAAGGUACAUUUUAUUUAUCUUUGUUUUUCCUUGAAUGAUGGUCUUUUAGUUAUUUCUCUUGUUAUAUCUCGCUUGGUUUCACUAUAAGAACUGUAAGAACACAAAACAAUCACUGAGGUUUCGAAUUCAAUCAAGUUCUUUCUUCCAAACUUGUUUCCCUUUAUGACUCAUUGUUAGCUCAGCUCAAAAGAGCUAUUAUAAAUUUUUGUAUACGACAACAGGCAAAAUUAAUGUUGAAAAGAGUAAAUGGGUAAGUAAUACAGUCGAUGCUUGCUGGUAAAAGUAUUAAUGACUUGAAGUUCUCUAAAAGGCUUCAUUACAGGGAGAAGAACUUUCAUUUAUUUUUCUCUUCAAAGUCUAGAUCUUCAUUCCUUGAUUCUUCUGCUUCAUUCAAUCCUGUCAUAAAUGGAAAACCUAUAGUUAAUACGAAAACUCACAUAGAGCUGAGCCAACUUGUGAUUGUUUCUCAAAACUUCAACAGCUUUAAACUUUAAAAGUUUAUUCAUUCUAAGCUUAAAGGUGCAAAUUAAAUUUUAAACAAACUUAACUGAAUAAAUACUGAUUCUACAGCUCGACCAGCGCCUCUAAGCCGGCUAGAGGUAGGAAAAAGCUUCUUUCAUUGCACUAAGAUUUGUAACUAAGUUUAUGACUUUCAUGACUUCUUGUGUCUGAUGGUAUCAUCGCGCUCAAAGCCGGUUUUCUUGCCACCAAGAAACGGUCAACAACUGCUAUCGCUCGGCCUACAUUUCAAAGAUUUGCACCUCCUUAACCAGAAUAAAGUAAUGUUUAAGUAAAUCGUUUACGUACCAUCGAAGAAAAGUCGCCCAAACUCCAGCACAUUGCUCUUUUUUAAUUUCUCAGUCAUCUUUCUGCAAACUUACUGACGAUCUGCAUCAAAACAAUGAAAAACCUUCGCCGGGACGGUAAAAAACAUUUUCCUUGAUCCCUGGAUUACGUAACAUUUCUUUCCAUGGGUUGCAUUUCUAACGUAUUCGUAGAAUUUCUCCUUCGUUGGCAUUCGCAAAUAUGAGUUUGGAUGGUCGAAGAUAAAAUGGUCUUGCAAGAAUUUCACUUUGCCCGAAUGCUUCGCGCACGGGCUAGACAAGUAAACAAGUGAUGUCACGGACAUGCGUAGUACGUUAUUCAGCCCUGUCAUAAUCUGCAAGUUUGUUGCACUUUUGACGUCAUCGGUUCGAUAUGGCAAAAUUCUUCCAAAUUUGAUCAACAGUAGCUGGUUAUGAUAAAUUAUGCGUGUGAUUUUAGCCAAUCAGAAACGGAGAAAUAUUUUGAAUGAAUAAUAGAACAACUUAAUAAUAAUGUAGAUGUGUGCAUUGGUAGAAGUAGCAUGUGUUUAAUAAAAUGUGUAAGAUGGUAAAAAUUUUGAAACACCCUGUGUUGUUCUCACUUGUCAUCAAAUAUUUCUUCUUGACGGGGGCGGGGGGUCGGGUAGAGGGACUAAAAUAUCCGUCCUGUAUCGGGCAACACCCCCUUAUUUUUAAUUUCAACUCCUCUUUAAGGCAAUAAACAAAAUAAAAAAAAGAAUUAAUAUCCUCCGCUGUUUUUAGGACCCUUUUAAGAACAAACUGACACCAAAUGUUAUACCAUUUUCAGGACACGGUGGCCAAAAAAUCAUACUCAGUACAGCGUCUCCCCGGGGAACACGAACAAAUUAGCUGAUGUCCUUCCCUCCCUAGCUUCAGUUCUAUGUACAAAUUGAAACUCGAUAACUUUCGCUUCUUAAUAGUUCUUAUACUUUUGGUACUUCGUUUUAAUCCUCUCAGCGCCUGGUAUUCUGAUCUGAAAAGAACCCUUAACACCAGGCAUGUGUAACAAAAUGCAGGUAGACUUCUAUAAACAAAUUCAAUGAAUUAAAUGGAUUUGUUCUGCAAGUUCGAAUUGCUAAAUAUAAGACUUUUUUUCAGAUGAUUUUAAUUUUCUGGCGGUCUUUUGUGAAAAACAUCGUUGUGAAUGUUUUGACGGCCGUCCUCUUAGCAAAAUAGCUCCGCCCAUUUGUGAAAGUCCGUGUUUGUUUCAAGAUUUGCAGUGUAAAGCAGAUGGCACUUCUUUUGUCCGUUAUCAUGGCAUCUAAUUUUGGCAUUUCUCCUUUAUUUCCUGUGCUUUGGGUACGUUGAAAAUCCUAUUUGUCAAUCUUAUGAAUUGUCAAAUCUCUAGACCUCAAUACAUGUUUCCUUAGGUUCCGUCCACACAUUUCCCGAUAUUUUUGAAAACAGAGAUUAAACGGUGUUUUCGGACAUCAAAAACGCAGGUUUUCGAAAGUGGUCCCCAGGGUGGAGUUUUUUGAAAACUCCAGCUUACCGUUUUCAUGUAUCAACAAAUGGACCUUAGUACAGCUAAACCGUGCAAUCUUAAAUCUUGUAGUGUUUUUUCUGUUCUUGAUUUAUUCAUAUUCAUUCAGAAGGACAAAUUAACGAGCCAUUGCUCGUCAAGUCCUGCGGAGCCGACCCACGAAAUUUCCGAACUGUGUUGUAUAUAACGUAGUCUGAUCCUGGCGACGUCAUCUUCCCUUUUCUUUUUGAUCAUAAAUCGAAACGAAACUUUUGAAUGUAACGUUCAAAGCACUUGUCCCAUCUUUCUCUCAUACACUGCCUAAUUUUAUCUGCGGAAGAGGGAUAAUUAAUUAAUUUUUUUUUAAAAUUAAGUGAUGGAAGUUGGGGUACACGGAAAGCUGUGAAAAUUAUUAAGCGUAAAGACCACGAGAAAUCUCUCGUUUUUCCUCAAGGGUAGCACUUAGCGAACAAAUCACGCGAAGCCGCGUGAACUCCACGGAAACCAGUCAGUCGUAUAAUUCUGGUUUCUGUAUGUCGAAUGAAGUUAAAUUGUCAAACAUUCUUCCAUAUCCCUUCAAAAAUUUGUUCAACAUAUUGCAUAUAACACGCACUGGAAGUUAGGGAAAGGAACGCCUCGUCCACAGAGGCAGAUGCAGCAGAUGAUUCUAAUUGGCUGGGUUUUUUUUGCUAAAAAUGUCAAAAAUGUUCAAUUUUCACCACUCUUUACUUAGUAAAAUAGUCCACAAAAAAUUUUUUAAGACGUUGUUCGUUUGAAGAUCUCAGACGGACUGAUAAGUAGAUACUCGUUUUGUUUUUCUGUUAUCAUGGUAGCUGAUUUUAACAUUCCUUGCUAAUUUCCUGUUCUUUGGGAUGUUUGGUGUUUUACGAAAACGUGUGUUUAUAGUUGUGGAACUAUAAACACGCUUUGGAAGCUACGUCAAACGUAAGGAAGAAGAACGCAUCUUCCACACGUGCGCACUGAUGCCCGUUACAAUCUUUUGUUUUUGUUCAGUUUUCUUUAGAAGCCAACGUAAUGAUACGCAUUGACGCAUAUCUACCAAGAGACAAAAAAAAGAAAAAAGUGUUGACGACGUAAAAUAAAACUUCAUUAUAUAGGAUGGAUCGGUUUUUCGUAAACGCGAAAACAGCAUGUAAUGCCUGGUUUCGAAAACGAUUCAGUGUAGAAGAAGGAACAGUUGUGAUAGUUUUUAAUCCUGCUAUUUUCAAUCAUUUUCUUUUUUUAAACCAGGUGAAUCUCUGAAACUUCAUACGACAUCAACAAAUCACAGUUAGUAUUUAACUAUGUUUUUUGUUUCUUAUGAGGGAUUUUCCGAUUGCUCAAAUGAAUUUUCAACUGUCCAACUUUCUCUUGAAACAAGUAAUUGUUCUGCUCCCUGUUUCUUUCUUUUUUUCUCGCAAGAUAGUUUAUAAAACUGGUUGACAUGGCUUUAAACAUCGUUUUCGGGCGAAAACGAUUGGAAUACGCUACGUGUGGACGAGUAUUUUUUUCGAAAACGGAGAAAAGAAUCUCCAUUUUCAAAAAUAAAAGAAUACGUGUGGAAGGGACCUUAGUGUUGUUUGGAAAUGGUCAUGGUGGCUAUCGGAAAUUAUCGAACAUUGCUCAUUACGCAAAAUGCAGUCAGUGAUAAAGAAAAACAAACGUGGAAGAACAAAGGAAAUAUCAGAAACAUACCUUAUUUCGCGUAUAGCAUUCAUCUUAAUGUAUAGCAAAAGCGUGUUAUCUUGACAGUGUAGUGUUUUUUUUUCUCUUGUCUUCAUUAUUUAUUUGAAUCGUAAAGUGAACGAUGAUUUGUUUCUUCUUUUUCGGGGGAAUAAAUUAAUGAGCCAGCGAGGUGUGGAGAUAAGAGCUUUGACUGACCCUCGAAAUUUCCGAAUUGUUUCGUAUGGAAAAUAAUCCGAUCCUUAGGACGUCUUCUCUUUCCUUUUCUUUCUGAUCAUAAAUCGAAACGAAACUGUUGAAUUUAACUUUAAAAGAGCUUUUCCCCUCUUGCUCUUAUAAGCCGCCUAAUUUUAUCUGUGGAGCGCUGAAGCGAUAAUUAACACCUUCGAGAUCAAGAGUAGGAUGUGCCUGGAUAAGGUCUUUAAUUGUUGUUGUUGCUUUUCUGUUUUUUUUUUUUUAAUUAACUGAAUAAAGUGACAACGCAAGGAAACCUUUCAAAAUAUUUUAGAGUAUAGACUUCGAUUAGUCCCUUGUUUUUCCUUGUACUGUUCCUUCAAGGAUAGUAGAGCGAGCAAAUCACGCUAGCCCCCUUGAAAAUCGCCCCACGCGAGAAAGGCCAGACGCCGCGCCCAUUAAGUUUACAAAAACCUGUCAGUCGUAUUAUUGUGGUUUCUGGAUGUCGAUCGAAGUGAAAUUGUCAAAUAUUCUUCCAUAAUCUCUCCAAAAUGUGUUCAUCAUAUUACAUAACACUGGUUGAAAGUUAGGGAAAACAACGCCUCGCCCAUAAUUGCUCCUUUGAACUUUUCUUUUCUUGUUUUCUUUUUUUGCAAACCCACUUCCUGAUACAGUUUGACACGAUUCCACAAAAAAAGGAUUGAAAAGUGUUAACGACGUAAAGAGGGUAUGUCUUUCAGGGUGGAACAUUUCGAUAGCACGAAUUAAGACGACUCAUGAGGCCGCCUGAAUGAAUGAAUAAUGAAAGGUUUCGAAAACGAAGCGAUAUGAAAAAAGUGAUAGUUUUGGUCGUUUUGAUUAUUUUCGUAAUUUUUUUUUGUAUGGUUGUAAGUCAUGCAAAUCUUUGCGAAACCGCUCACGAAAUUAGUAAAGCACAACUGAGACCGCUACCUUUUUCAUAGUUGUGAGAAAAAGCUUCCUGUUCCCUUUUUUUUACAAGCUCUUCUUUUUUCGUCGAAAACUUACUGUUUAAUGCUGCUUUUUAAUGUUAUUGGAAAGCAAUUUGUUUGGGUGCUUUAAACAUUGCGUUUCAAAAAGCAAACCAUUUUUUUUCCACUGGCUGCUCUCUUUUUAAGAUAGCUUUGUGUCUUUUAUUUGUUGUAAGUUCCCGCAAUAUGUUCUACAUCAGAGAAAUCUACGUAGGUUACUAAUGGAUCCUCAUUAAGGUGCUUGUUUAACGUGUCCGUUACAAGUCACAUGCGUCAUUUCCUCUAGUUGACUUUUCGUCAAUCUUCGUCAAUCUUCAAACUAACAUUUGAGAACGCACUCGUCUUUGCGUUGUUCAAGAACCCAUUGCAGGGAGCUCCGCUCAAAACAUGUCGACCAUGGACACCGAAUCAGUCAGGAGACAAUCGUGGUAAAACUAAUUUGAGCAGUGAGUACUUCAAGCCGUCCGCGCCGUAAUCAAAUCAGCAUAAAAAUGAAGUUAAACGAAACAGAUUCACACAAUAUCGAUCCAAGCGAGUCGCCUUCAGUGUACAUUUGCCCAACCAAACCAAUCUAUACAUGGAUUCUUACUGAAACGGCCGCCUUCUAUGUUUCAAUCACCGCAAAAUCCAUCGCUAGCCCUUUCACUGUGUUGUUAAACCUUAUAAUUAUCGUUGCGGUAUGGAGGCGAAGAGCGUUGCAAAAAAACUCAAACAUUUUGUUAGCUAGCAUGGCCGUUGCGGAUCUUCUAGUGGGUGCAGUUUCCAUGCCUCUAACUACUGCUUUGGAUAUAUUUCUCCUCCGUAAGAAUUUGAGCCUUACGAUUUGUAAGAUUGCAGGUGCAAAUCAAAUAGUACUUUACAGCGCUGUUAGUUCGUCCUUGUAUCAUUUGACUUUCAUUGCCUGGGAUCGCUACGUAGCGAUGAAGAGGUGGAGGAGCUACAAAAUCGUUGUCACAAAAACCCGCCUCAAAAUUUGUGCAGUGAUUGCCUGGCUGUUUGCUGUCACAACAGCUUGUUGUAUACCUAUUUUGUGGGUUGCUGAGGCCGAUCAGAGAGUCAUGGCUGCCUUGAGUAUCUUCUCCGCUGGUAAAACGGUGCUAAGCGUCGCCAUUAUCGGUUAUUUCUACAUCUCGCUUUACUUCUCAGUUCGCAAACGAAAUGAUAACAAAAUCAGCAACGUUUCUGCUCGAGUCAACGCCAGGAUGGAUAGGACCAUCGCCAAAACCAUCGCCAAAGCGACUAGUACAGUUACAGCGGCUUUGCUAGUCUCCUAUGUCCCGUCAAUCAUCGCUCUUUUCUUUGGAGAUGCUGUUCCGUUUCUUCGUACAAGCUCAUAUUUUCGUUGGUCGCAGUUAUUGAUCCAGAUGAAUUCUCUUUUCAACCCAAUAGUUUACUGCUUUUCCAUGAAUCGCACCUUCAGAAACGAGGUUUUUGAGAUGAUUAACCUGAACGUUGUCCUAGAGCUUGUAUCACGUCCCAAGUUACCUGUAAAACGGCAUACCAGGAGAAGACGUGAACCGGCUGUGGUCUUAGAGGAAGAAAACGAGUUUCAAGGAGAAAACAAACGGCCUGGCCGCCUUGCCAGAUCGAGAUCAUGUGAUUCGAUUGAGCUUUCUGACUCUCGUCGUCAGCUUCCUGCUGCUGUCGACAGCCCCCCACCUCCAACGACUGAAGGAGUCCGGCUCAUUUGCGUCGAAGUGCAUCAGCCCAACCCCAAGAGAAGAAAGCCACGAUUGCUCCGGUGUCCAGGUACCUCCAAUGAAGUAAAUCCAAGUCAAAGUAAAGAAAGAAGUGACGAGAAUCACUCUAACUGCACCCCACAGCAAAAGAAAGAAAAACCCAUCUCAUCGUGUGGGGAGGACCAUGACAUCUGUAGUGAUGGAAACAGACUAAAAGCCGCGGCGAGUGUAACUACAAAAAGGGAAGAAAGUCACUUUGAUGAUGAUAAUGAUCAGAACCCUCCUACCAAUGAGCCAAUAACGCUGCAAAGCCUUGUUCUACCUCGUGAAGAAAACAGGCUCAUAUCCGUCCAUGAAGAUCAAGCUAUACUCAAUAGGCAAAAGCGACAAAUCCGGUACACUGGGGCGUCUAUAGAGGAGAACCUUGGCGAAACUGAAGACAGAUAUGAUUGUCUUAAAGAUUUCCCUGAUACUGAUGUGACAAGGGCGGGGUCCUGGCCUCGCCAGGUUCGUCUUGGGCUUACACCUGUUUUAGGACGGCGAAAUAUUAAAAUGGAAAAGAAGAGUGGUCGUCCAAAUACAAGAUAA